GUCGACCUUUGAAAACCGUGGACAGAAAAUAUGAUCCGCAAAGAACUUCUUAGCGACUGGUGACCCAUCGCGCAAUCGGUUGAUAGGAAAAAAACGGCCCCAUUUUGGAGACACGAGACACGCCUGAGAGAACACAACGGAGCGGCUCUCACAAGAACUCGUUUUGACGUGUGUAAUGCUUGUUUGAUUAAAUUUUAACUCGACGUCAAAAGAACUAGAACGGCACGAAAAUUGUUACAGGGUUUGUGAAAAUAUGCAAUAGAAACAUGCCAAGCAGUGAAAAAGAGCAGAUUUAAUUGGGAACAUUUUCCGGUUGUCUGAAUUGUUGAGUCCUGCUGUGAAGAGGUUGUUUUUCAGUAGGAGUAUUUGAGUUCAAAUCUCCUGGAAAAAGGUCUUCAAUCAAACCGGUUGUUUUGCUUGAUAACCUCCCAAGUGGGAGAGAAUCAGUCAAAGUGAAAAAGUUUUCGGUGUUCUGCUGAUUUCCCUGAACACGAUUCGCCGUGUUCUGUUUGAACUAUCUGACGGAGCGGCUGCGGCAGCAGUGGAAAUAAAUAAUGUGAUUAGCUUUAGCUGCUACGACCAGGAUACGGAGCCUGGUGUUCAAGGUCAGGUCGGUAAAUCGUUCUCGGAAGCGGAAACAAGUUUUACAGGGCAGUCAUCGGCAAGACUGGCAGAGGGUGGCAGAGAACUUAGAAUGUGCUAUUUGUGAAAACAUUGCAGCGUAUCAUCUCAAACUAUCCACUCAAAGAUUGUGGCACAGCUGGGUAAACUAAAAAAAAUUGCAUUUGGAGUGUUUCUCGACGAAGUAAAACAAACGUUCUAGGGUUUGGUGGCGAAGGUGAGCCCCACUACAAUCAGUCAAGUGAUUGGAGUUGUACCUACAUUUACUUUGCUCUGCACUGUUUCUCAUUUGUAAGCCGUAGUGGAAGCACACGUAGGAAGGUCAUGUGAUACUCGAUUUCCUGUAGCGAAGAGAUGCAAUGUGAUGAGGAAUUGAAGUGACGGUCGGAUGUUGUAAGGAUGUUUAAGAGGUGAUGUUACUUAACAAAUCGAUGAUACAAGAUUGAGAUCUCAAGUUGGAUGUAGAUGAAAUGGUGAUUGUGUCUUAAUGAGGGCGUUUGUGAUGCUUCAAUGGUUUGAAUAAGUGAAUAACCUUCUCCUCGAUUGGAACUGGUAAAAUUUCCGAGUCCAUUCCCCGGAAGAAAAAUCCGUCCGUCUGCUCGAUUUCAUCGCACCGUCCCAGCUGAUAUUCAAAUUAGUUGCACAGAAGUGUAAUUAAAGCUGGCAACCGACGGGGACCCCCAGCCAGAAGUAAAACCAGUAGUAAAGAGCACCACCAGCAGAAGCCAGGAUUCAAUGCAGUUAAAAAUUCCCGAUACAAAACGUUACCUACUCCAACACUAGCACGCAGGAGACAGGGAGAAAAAGUGAAGUAAAAACAGCAUAUAACAAGGAAGAGGCUCAGAAGAACGUCGCAGGAUUAAACGAUUUUGGCAAAAAAGUUGUACAACUGAGGUCCGAUUCCAGAGCGGAGCGCGUGUAUGCGAUGGUUGCACGACGGCAGCAGAGAGCCGAAUUUUUAAUUUGAAAUGGACCAUGAGAUCGUGAAGCAUGUGGAAUGAAACAAGAGACUGUGGUGAGAAGAGAAUUAAACAGAGAGAAGAAGAAAAAUAAAAUCAGCAGAACUAUAUCAGCAUAAAUAAAAAUUAAGUGUAGUUUGGUGGCGGUGAGACAGCAGCCCAGCAGCAGCCGUUCGAACUCGAAACAAUCAUAGAGGAAUAAUAAAGUGAAGUUUGAUUCGUUCGGGUGUGUGGAGAGAACCGACAACUAACACUGUUAUGAUAGCGAUCAAAAAGGGAAAACUCACUACUACAUACUUGUUUGUGUAGAGUUUUCCGUUCAAUCGUACGGUGUCCUGACGCGUUCGGUAAGAUUCGGCUCGCAUACACACAGCAGUGCUAGCUUCGGGUCUACCGUGUAAAGCGGAUGCAAAGAAACAAGCUCAUAUAUACAAGUGGGAUACGGCAACGAACAGUUUAGUACAAUUUCAGACGCUCGUAGAGAAAGAUGUUCGUCUGUGCUUCGUGCGCGUUCGAAUUGCUAUUUGAUGUGCCGAGCGAGUAACAGCCAACCAACCAAUCAACCAGCUCUGUGAAAUGUGUUUCGGUUCAAACGAGGAUACAAGUGAAACAAGAACCCGUAUAUCGAACAAGAGAAUACAAACCAAAGCAAAGUGUUGUGAAGUUUAUUAUUUUUCUGUUUGUUUCGGUUGACACACCAUACAAGGACUAGUGCGUGUUGGAUUAAAAAGUGUGGUGAAAGAUCGCGCAAAAAAUGAAGGAUUGGCGAAAACUGAGAAAUUACAUGACAGCAACGUUUUGCAGCGAUAGCUUCUUGUGCUAGUGAAUAAUUUAUUACCGACGACAGUCUGUUCAUAAGUGCGAGUAGAAGAAAAAACCAAUCUCGAGAAGCGCCAGAAAAAUGAAAUGAAUUUAUCUUAAAUGGUUAAAGUUUCCAGCAGAAGCGAAGAAGUGGUUCAAAAUCAACGGCGACUAAUUCUUUCAGUCUGUCGAGCGAGAAGAAGAGAGUGACGAGCUAGCGUCUAGAAGAAAAAUGAGUCUAAUUACGCGGAAGUCGGAAUUGGUUGCACUGCCGGCACUUUUACUGGUUCUGUUGCUUUCCGUGCAGGUCAACUACAGUUUGCAGUAUGAUUCAGCCGAGGCCCGUUACUACCCGACAAGUCCGGUGGAAUCGAAUCUGCGGUACGAUGCUCCGGACGACUGCAAAUAUCGCAUCACACCCGACGACGAGGUGGAACUGGUGUGUAAUCUGAGAACUGUAAACAGUGAAUUCGACAACACGAACUUUAGUGUGAUACCUUCGGAGCAUACGGCUUCGUUGGCGGUGAUCUGCAAUGAGGCGAUAAUGGCUCGCAGUAAGUUGCAGGCUAAAUCGUUUUCUCAUCUGUUGAGACUGAAGAGCCUCUCGUUGGAGUUUUGUAAAAUUGCAAAAUUCGAAAACGACGUGCUGGAAGGACUUAAUGAUUUGAGGAACUUUAGCCUCCGAACACAUAACAUCAAUUGGCCGGAGCUCAAUUUAGAGAUCGAACCGGAGGUGUUUAGUCAUACGAAAAAUAUCGAGCAACUAGAUUUGAGCAUGAACAACAUUUGGUCGCUGCCGGAUCAUUUGUUCUGCUCUCUGAGUGGGCUCCGAUCGUUGAACAUCAGCUCGAAUCGGUUGCAGGAUGUUAACGAUCUGGGCUUCCGAGAAAAGCCGGUUAUGAAGAAAGAUAACGGCACGCAUAAUGGCAGUUCGGUGAACUGUAAUCUAGAUCUUGAGGAUUUGGAUGUAUCUAACAAUCAUUUUGUAUUGCUACCGGCCAAUGGAUUUGGUAUGUUGAGACGACUGAAGCUGCUUAAGAUUCACGACAAUGAAAUUUCCAUGGUUGGUGAUAAGGCUCUGAACGGGUUGAAGGAAUUGCAAAUUUUGGAUCUGAGUUCCAAUAAAAUUGUUGCUCUACCAACGGACCUGUUUAAAGAUCCAUCGCAGUCGAUUCAGGAAAUAUACCUUCAAAACAAUUCUAUCAGCGUACUCUCACCAGGUUUAUUUUCCAAGUUGGAACAAUUGCAAGCGUUGGACCUUUCGAUGAAUCAACUGACGUCAGCUUGGGUUAAUCGGGACACGUUUUCCGGGUUGAUUCGAUUAGUGCUGCUUAACUUGGCCAACAACAAAAUCACCAAGCUAGAAUCAGAAAUCUUUUCCGAUCUGUAUACGUUGCAAAUUCUGAAUCUUCGUCACAACCAGCUGGAGAUAAUCGCUGCCGAUACGUUUUCUCCGAUGAACAAUCUCCAUACGUUGCUACUUUCACACAACAAGAUAAAAUAUUUGGAUGCCUAUUCCCUAAAUGGCCUGUACGCGCUGUCACUUUUAUCUCUGGACAACAACGUUAUGACUGGUAUUCAUCCGGAAGCAUUCAGAAACUGCAGCUCUCUGCAAGAUUUGAACCUGAACGGCAACGAGUUAACGCAGGUUCCACUGGCUUUGAAAGAUAUGCGACUGCUCCGGACGGUUGAUUUGGGUGAGAACUCCAUAACCGUAAUUGAAGAGCCCGGUUUUCGUGGUAUGAACAAUCUGUACGGCCUGCGCUUGAUUAGCAACAACAUAGAAAACAUUACCCGGAAAGCUUUUAAGGAUCUGCCCAGCCUACAAAUUUUAAAUCUCGCUCGAAAUAAAAUCCAGUUCAUCGAAAAAGGUGCUUUCGAACCAGCUAUCAGUGUACAGGCAAUUCGAUUGGACGGGAACUUACUGACGGAUAUUGAAGGUCUAUUCACAGCAAUGCCAAAUUUAGUUUGGCUCAACAUCUCGGACAAUCGACUGGAGCAAUUUGAUUACUCUCAAAUUCCUGCCCAUUUACAGUGGUUGGAUCUGCACAAAAAUGAACUGACGGAGCUGAACAAUCGAUACGGGUUGGACAAUCAGUUGUUUUUGCAAACGCUGGAUGCUAGUUUCAACCGGCUCACGAAGGUGACGCCUUCGUCGAUUCCCAACAGUAUCGAAUUCUUGUUCUUGAACGACAAUCAAAUUGUGCACGUGGAGCCGCACUGUUUCAUUCACAAAACAAAUUUGACACGGGUGGAUCUGUAUGCAAACCAGCUGACCGGUUUGGACAUAAAAGCUCUGAGACUUCAACCGGUUCCGGAAGAUAAACAGCUGCCGGAGUUUUACAUUGGCGGAAAUCCGUUCGUGUGCGAUUGUAACAUCGAUUGGCUGCAGAAGAUUAAUCACGUCACAUCGCGACAGUAUCCGACGAUAAACGACAUCGAGACGGUGUACUGUAAGCUGAUGUAUAACCGAGAACGGGCUUUUAUCCCUCUGAUCGAAGCCGAACCGAAGCAUUUUUUGUGCAGCUACAAUACGCAUUGUUUUGCACUGUGCCAUUGUUGUGAGUUUGACGCGUGUGAUUGUGAAAUGACCUGUCCGAACAAUUGCCAGUGCUAUCACGACAACAGCUGGUCGACAAACAUCGUGGAGUGUUCGGCCGCGGGUUACACAGACAUUCCGAACAAUAUUCCGAUGGACACGACCGAGGUGUAUAUCGACGGGAACAAUCUGGUCGAACUUUCCGGACAUAGUUUCAUCGGGCGCAAAAACUUGAGAGUGCUGUACGCGAAUCAUUCCAACAUUGAGAUUAUUUAUAACACAACGUUUAUUGGACUACGACGUCUGACGGUGCUGCAUCUGGAGUAUAAUAAUAUUCAAAAGCUGUACGGUAAUGAAUUUAGUGCGUUGGAAAGCUUGAGAGAGUUGUACCUGCAGGGCAAUAAGAUCUCCUACAUAGAGGAUCAUACAUUUGUGGAACUGAGAAAAUUGGAAGUGCUGCGAUUGGAUGGAAACCGAAUCAACAGUUUCGAGGUUUGGCAGCUAGCUUCCAAUCCCUACCUCGUGGAGAUUGCUCUGGCAAACAACAUGUGGACGUGUGAUUGUAAUUUUUUGAAUAAACUGAGAAUCUAUCUGCAGUCGAAUACGGAAAAAAUUAUCGAUGCUAACGAGAUCAGUUGCAUCUACAAUAAUUUGACAAGCGUUUUGAAGGAGAAGAACGGCACGAAGUGUACCUUCCGUGGUGAAGGGAUGAGUUCGAUUGUUCAUACGCAGGAGAUUGAAGACAUGCUGCCAUUACUGUUGGUGGCAACCUGCGCCUUUGUCGGUUUCUUCGGAUUGAUUUUCGGAAUGUUCUGCUACCGAAAGGAACUGAAGGUUUGGGCACACAGCAGUUGUCUUGGAUCGUUGUGCUACAAACCAGGAACAUUCGUGAAUGAGUUCGACAAAGACAGACUGUAUGAUGCGUACAUCAUCAACUCACUGCAGGACGAGCAUUUUGUGAAUCAAAUUUUGGCAUCGACACUUGAGAAUGACAUAGGAUUCCGAUUGUGUUUGCAUUAUAGAGAUUUCAACAUUAACACGUACAUCGCUGAUACGAUUGUUGAAGCCGUGGAGAGUUCCAAGCGUGCCAUUUUGGUUCUUUCGAAGAACUUCCUGUACAACGAAUGGACCCGAUUUGAGUUCAAGGGUGCGAUUCAUGAAGUAUUGAAGCGUCGACGAAAGCUGAUCAUUAUUCUGUAUGGUGAUCUACCGCAGCGAGAUUUGGACGCUGAUAUGCGUCUGUAUUUGCGAUCGAAUACGUGCAUCGAGUGGGACGACAAAAAGUUCUGGCAGAAGCUUCGAAUUGCGUUGCCCCAUGUGAAGAAGAGCAACUGUUUGAACAAGCGAUCAGCUAUAAACAUCUACGCUACGGCCAACGAAUACAACACCGCAGGACGACCACGGAUGCCUGCUGCUGGGACGCUUCCAGGACCGGGACCAGCAAGGCAUGAGAACCACAGUUACGCUACCAUUGGCGGCAACUGCCCAAGAAACUGUGAUAAUUAUGAUACGGUUAGUAAUUGUAAAUAUAACACGGCGCAGCACGAAAGGCGGUUGAAUGAUUUCAGCCGAAAGGUGACAGCGGAAAGACAGCACGAGUAUGCGGUUCCUUCCAAUUGUCUGCUAGACACGACACACGAAACGUACAACACCAGCUGCGAACGGAUCGCAGGGGAAACGUUCGAGUGCACCUCCAGCAGCAAGUAUUCGACGUCGUCGCGGGGUUCUAGCGAGUGCUCACACUCGAUCACGCCCACUCACGGCUACGGCGGUGGCGGAGCGGUGGGUGGUUCUGCAAUAGCCAACGGUGGGCCACCCAACAUUCUGUCCACCGCCUUUAUGGGUAAGGCCGAUCCUGGCGGUUACAACAAUGCUGCCAGUGUGGCAAACAAUUUGACUAGUAGUAGUUACAAUAGCAGUAGAAAACCGAACAACUGUUGCAAUGAUGGUAGUGGUAGCAAAGGUGAUAAGUCCAAAUCGAGCACGAUCGGGGACACGAACAAUUUCAAUGAUAGAAGACUGCCACAGGCAAUGUGGGCAUAACGAUUACUUAAAUACAGGUUAGUUAAUUAUUUUUAUCGUUGAACUACCGCGGGGAAAUCCCCACCUAGCCAUAUGCUGCAAGCACUCACCUAAACUGGUAGUAAAACACAAAAAGAAGGAAGUUGCACACUACAAAUGUUACUUAUUCAACCUUAGACAGACAGUUUUAGGGCGAUCUUCGAGUCUCUCUUUCUCUUCAAUUUAUUCUCUCUACUGUUUCUCUCUCUCUUUGAUUCAGUUUCAAUAAUUUCCGCAUGUCUCACAUUGAUUCAAAUGCAAUGUCUUUCACGCAACAGCUUAUGCUGAAGCAAAAUGACAAUUUUUUUAUAUCAAGCGCAACUUAAAUUGGACGCGAACAGCCCUAGCGCCUGUUAAGUCCACGCAGUGCCUUUAGCAGAAAUCAAAGAAUGAAAUCAGAAUAUAUAGCACACAGCAAGAAGUGAAACGUCGCAUUUGGAAAUGUGGUAAAUACAAAAAAAAGCCAAAAUUUCGUUUGCCCACUCACCUCCCGCAUACGGAAAAAAGGUUACCAGUUGCGAUGGCAAUUCAACAGUCAGAUGUGACUGAACCACUCACACAAAUCAAGCUGAGCGGGAAACGAGCACACACAAAAAAUGAAACGAUUCAAGCAAACAGAAUAGAAUAGAGGGCCCCAGUGAUGAUCGUUCCCUGAGAACGUAACAAUUCUAGUCACAAAAGAAAGAGACGCAAAGGAACUAAUUCUAAUCUCUUCAAAAUCAAUCUUCCAUUACGCUUGAUGAUUGAAAGCAGUUUUUACAUCUCUUCUUUGUUCUGAUCCAACUUGCCAGACGAAGGAAAAGAAAUCCCUUAAUAGAAUUCCAAAAAAAGGUAAUCUGAUUUUUCACGCUUAGGUUCAAGCCAUUUUAAUCGCUGAAUAAAGCAAGAGAGAAUAGAAUGAUAACCGAAGCACAUAGGACAAGCCUGUAAAUAUAGACCACCCUACUACUAGGAAAAAAAAAAUAACUCACUCACAGUACUAAACUUGAAAACAUACACCUAAUAGAUUGAACUGGUUACAUUCAAAGAUUUCGUUUUGAUCUAAGAAUCCUCGGAGAGUCCGAGAAAAAGCACAAACACGCGAAUGCGAAUGUUCGAAAAAUUCGAUUAAUGAAGGGUAAUUUGCGCCUUCCUGGCGGAUCAGAUUUCCUCGGCCAACGCAGCUCAAACGUGUGAUUGUGUUUUUUUUUGUUCUUCUCAUCCGGCUUUUUUUUAAUCAUCAUUCUAAAGUCAGACGCGAAGUACGCGAAAAAACGGGCAUCACUUAAACAAAAUAAUUAUUAUCAUGCUCGUUGCGCGCACAACGCACAACGUGAGGCGAAUUUUAUAAGGAAAUCCAAUUGAAAACAAGCGCGGGAAAAGAGAAUUUACGACGAGGCGAAAUAUUUCAAUUUGGUUACGAACCAUGCCAUGACAGAAGGUGAGAUAAACUUGGGCUUAACAAAAAAAAAGUAAAAUAAAACACAAGAGAGCUGCAUGUUUUGCCAGUAAAACUGUAUAGAGAGCAAAAAAUAAAACAGUCGUAAAUUAGUGCAACCACACCGGAACUGAAUUGAUUUACAUUUUUUCCUUUCCACUUCCAUGAAGUUGCUCCCGCUAUUUAGUCACGAAAGUUUUUAGCUGAAACAAAUUAGUUGGAUAGUCAGAGUAAUCCCCUCCUUCCUUUCUCUGUUCAUGAGUAAGGGAACGAUCAGGAAUAAAACAUGACUUUAGUUUUGUCCAACUUGAAGCGAGAAAAAACAUUACAGUUCAAAUUGCAGCGCAUUAUUGAACACAAGUUCCUCCAUAUUGGUGGAAGGUUAGGUUUCCUAUACAAAAAUAAAGCAAAACUAUUAAGAAACAGUCGAUGAAAUAUACUAUUUUGUUGUGUUACUUUUAUUACCUCAUUGAAAGUAUAACAUUGUAAAGAGAAUCAGUUGAUAGCGGUAAGGUUCUUGCAUGUAAAUAAAACCAUUUGAAAUUUUGAAGAAAACAAAAAAAAAACUAUCCUAGUGUUCUACCGAAUUAUGUACAUAUAGAGAAGUUUACGAAUUAACUGCUAGCAGAAGGUAAAAGAAAAUUACCACACACUCACAAAUUUAAACACUACUCAAUGCAACAGAAAAAAAAAAUAAACAUGAGAUACAAAUCGAUUCGAAAGAAACGAACAAAGUUACUCGCUCCUUAAACUUACUUCACAAAGAAUAACCUGUGUAAUAUAACGGAGAGUGUUUAUUGAAUAGUCACGAGCAGUCACCCAGAGGACGGUGGUAACACUUUUGUAAAUAGUGAUCGAAUAGGCAUGUACGACGAUAGCAACACUAGAUAUGCUGCAGCAAACCUAGCCGUUGGCAAAACAAAACCAAUCGCCGAAGAAUUGUAAUUAUUUUAGUCGUUAAGAUUUCGGCAGUAAAUUACUAAACAACCAGAAUAUGAAAAUUCAAAACAACCUGGGAAAGAAUUUUAAGAAAAGAAAAUAUCUAUGAGAGACAAAAAUCAACAAAUUAUGAAAAAUAAAAGCUAUUAUUUAUUUAUGAAAACUGAAAA